ACCUCGCCGCAUUCAGCCAGAGAGAACGGACGCGAGCGAACGACUGUGUCGCUAUUUUAAAAAAAGUUGAAUUUCAAAUUCGGAACUCCCGCUCUUUGUUUGUCAAUUGAACUUGGAUUCGAAUUUUUAAUCAGAAUUUGUGAUUUUUCUGUGUUUUAAAAUACAUUAAAGAUGGAGGGUUGCGGGAUGAACUGCAUAAAAUAUCUUCUGGUUGUCUUCAAUGGAAUAUUUCUGAUCUUCGGCAUUGUGAUCAUAGCUGCAGCAUGCGUGGACAUGGGCAUGAUCAAGGGUUUCGCCGGCAUGGAGCCGACGGGCCACGAGACCGAUGCGUUGCUGAUCGCCAUUGGAGUUCUCAUCAUCAUCAUCGCUGCGUUUGGCUGCUUCGGGGCGUGGAAAGAGAGUCCUAAGCUGUUGUAUAUUUUCGUCGGCUGUCUGAUCAUCAUCAUACUCCUGGAGCUGUCUGUUGGCAUCGCCGCAGCUGCCUUACGUCCUCAGAUCGAGGGAACCUUGAAGUCCCAGCUGCGAGCCUCGUUCAUCAAGAACAAGUCUACCAAGGAGGAAGAUUCUACCUACAGGGAGUUCUGGGACCGCAUUCAGAUGAACUUGGAAUGCUGCGGCAUCACCGGUCCUGACAACUACGUGGCUUCAGAGCCCCGCAUUAACCCUUCUUUCAGCUGCUGCCCCAACGACGGAACCGACCGCUCCGCCGAGAUCAAGCGCUCUGACUGCCUUUCCUCUGAGAAGUAUUACAAAGAGGGAUGUGAAGACAAAGUCCUGGGAACAGUGCAUAGUGCUGGCAUGACUGUCAUCGUUUGCGGAAUUCUGUUCUGCUUUUUGGAGGUUGCAGGCAUUGUCUUAGCUCUAUGGCUAGCACACUCCAUAAAAACUCAAGGGAAAAGCCGGGAAACUGCUUAAUUCUACACCAUAGACAUCACAGAAUAUAUUUCAAAUGCAUUGCACAAUAGUCGUAAGUUCAUAAGUAAAAAUAAUGUAAGUUACCUUAUUUAUUUAAAGAAUAGAAUCUAUUAGAAUUUAAAAAAUUGAGAUGACGUCAUAUUUUAUAAAAAAAGUAUACCUACAAUUGUCGUGCACUUAUACAAUUUGACCUCAAAGCCGAUAUUGACGUUAAAAUUGUAUAAAAUUGAGAUAAAAAUAUAAAAGAGAUAUGUACUUAUUAAAUUAUUCCAUUUUAAAAAUUUCAGUGUAACAAGUACAUUUCUUUUAGAAAUCUCGCUUAGGACCCUCUAUAGUCUAUUAUUAAAUGUAUGUAGACAGAAGUCUCAAUAUGUAGUAAUUUUAGUUGUACCUACAAUGAAACCAAAGCUGUAAUAAUAAUUAACAUAUCGUAACAAUAUACUUAGGUAAAUUGUUCUACACACCUAAAUAAAAUAAUAUAUCCUUGAUUUAUUAACGUCGACACUAUGACAUUUUUUAAAUGACGGGAAAACAAGAUUUGUGAGAAUUUUCCCAUAAAUUAACAAAAAAAAUGUUUAAUUUUAUCUGCCUAUACUUAUUUUCAAGAGAAAAAUGUCUUCGUGAAAUAUUUUUAAACCCAAAGAAGAGAUUAUCUUUAUUUCACUUUUUGGCAGAAUACUAUAUUUAUAUAUUAGUCGGAAUAGUUUAAUCGUUGCAGUGAUGCCAAGUGCAAACGGCGUCUAUAUUUAAAUAGAUUGAAAGAGUCACAACAUGUACAAAAAGAGUAAAAACACACGCGUAGUGAAUGUUAGCUAUAAAAGUGUUGAAGAAAAACGUAAAACAGUUUAUUGUAUGUCGUUUAUCACAAACCACGUGCACAUAAAACGUGGGUAUCGUUUCUUGUCGUUGCGAUAUUUCUCGAUAUGUUUGCCGCCAAUUCCAUUUGUGACGUUCUUGGCAAAAAAGCAAAAUAUUUGAACUAGAAUACAGCUAGUAUUAGUAUAAAAUAAAAAAUAGGCAUUUUAUUACUAAGUUUAACCACAUAUCGUGUGAGUAUUGAUAAUGCUUUACUAGUCAUUAAAUUAACAUUAUCCAUAAGCUACUAUUGUAUGUACAAAUCCCACCAUGUGUUUAACUUCAUUCGAAAAUUCAUUCCUUGAAUAAAAAUUAGAAUUUAAGUUUAUACUUUCUUGUAAAUGUUGUUAUCUUGUGAACUUGAUAGUAAAAACAAAACAUAAUUUUGUGGCUUCAAUCUCUACAUCACUAGAAUUUGUAUUAAGUAUACAGGGUGACAAAUGUAAAAAAUGUUUUUGUGCUUUUAAAGCAUAUUCAGGCUGAGUAUACGGAAUUCAAACAUUAGUCAACACAAUUUUAGAAUAUUAGAGUAUUGUAUUUAUACGUAGUUUUAAAAUCAGUUAAAAAGUAACAGUAAUUUUCAAAGCAUUUAAAUUUUGUAACCCUGUAUAACUUGCUCAAGUUUUUUUAAAACACUAGUUUCAGGUUCAGUCGUAGAUUGAAUAAAAUGGCAAUAUUAUUACAUAAUUAUAAAGUCUAUUAGUGUUUAAUGAAUGUUGAAAUAGAUUUUCUUAAAAUAAAGUAUCUGUGUUCCAUA